AUGGGACACUUUCUGUGGAGAGUGCUACCUGCUCAGGUGAGUCAGGCUCUGAAGAUCAAAGAGACUGUGUGGGCGGGGCCUGUCGCCGUGGUAAUGACAGGCCUGCGUGAUCCCCGACAGCAGCCACAGAACACGGAGGCAGCUCUGAACCCCCGGCCCCAGUUCUUCUCAUCACAGUUUUCUCCCUUCCUGACUCCGCCCCUCACUAAUGACCGCAGAGGUACUCACAGUGUGUGUAGUCGUGUGCGUUCUGUUUGUGCGACCGGGGGAUUUCCUCUGCGGUUUACGGCCGUUUACAGACGCAAGAACCCAGGACCAACCGUGAAGAAAGUACAGAGGCUUUGGGUUCCAGCUGCUUCAGGCCCAGAAGCAGACAACAGAGAAGAUAAACUACACAAAAAGCUCAGUGUGGGAGAGACCUGUGCUUCUGUCCUCACCUCUGUGAUCUGCAGAAGGGGGGAGGACCAGGGGGGGGGGGGGGGGGCACAGGUGAUGCUCUCCCCGGGGACAGAGCUCCUCCCACGGGCACUGAAAGCUCCAGACCUCCCCUGGACACUGGAGACCUGCUGGGACUGA